CUCACAACAUCAUUUGGUUUCCUGGCUCGACCAAGAGAAUUCUGACUUGGUUAAAAGUGGCACAGGACAGGCCUUAUACUUAAUUGGAUUUUCUACAACAACCAACCAGGAAGAAGCACCGGUUCUGUGCUGACAACAAAGUUCUGAGUUACCAUGGCAACCGAAGUGCGGUACUUUGGGGCCUGGGACUACGUGGUGUUCGCCGUCAUGCUGUGCAUCUCGGCAGGGAUAGGACUCUACUACGCAUGCACGAGAGGGAAGCAACGCACGCAAAAGGAGUUCCUCAUGGCAGACAAGUCUAUGUCCAUAGUGCCGGUGACCAUGUCCCUGCUAGCCUCGUUCAUCUCCGCCAUCACGGUGCUGGGGACCCCUGCAGAGGUGUACAAUAACGGCACCAUGUUCUGGAACUUCGCAGUGGCAGACGGCAUAGCCAUGGUGGUGGUAGCGAGGCUAUUCGUGCCGACUUUCUACAACCUGGGGCUGACAAGCACGUACGAGUAUUUAGAAAUACGCUUCUCCAAGCCUGUUCGCUUACUUACUACUGUAGUAUUCAUGGUGAACAUGCUGGUGUACAUGGGUCUUGUCUUAUACACACCCUCGUUGGCUCUCAACGCGGUAACCGGUCUUACACUUUGGGGUGCCGUUGCCGCAGUUGGCGUGGUGUGUACAUUCUACACGACUUUGGGUGGUAUGAAAGCUGUGAUGUGGACGGACACGUUCCAGAUAGUUGUGAUGGUGGCAGGUUUCCUGGCUGUCAUCAUACAGGGGACCAUAGAGGUGGGGGGACCUGCUCGCGUCUGGGAGAUCAACGGGCAAGGAGAGAGACUGGAGUUCUUCAACUUUGACCCAGACCCGAGGAUUCGACACUCUUCAUGGGGGAUUAAUGUAGGCGGUAUCUUCAUCUGGGCGUCCGUGUAUGGGGUAAACCAGGCACAGGUACAGCGGUAUCUCAGCUGCCCUUCCGUCAAGCAAGCACAGCGCGCCCUCUACUGGAACAUCUUGGGACUGGUGAUACUCAUCUCCUUUGCUGUUGUAAGUGGGAUGGUGAUGUACGCUCGGUACUUCAUGUGUGAUCCUAAGACGAUUGGAGCUAUUGAUAACUCAGACCAGAUGAUGCCGUAUUUUGUAAUGGACAUCCUUGGUAAGUACCCGGGUAUGCCGGGUCUCUUCACUUCGUGCGUGUUCAGCGGGGCCCUCAGCACCAUGUCUUCGGGCCUGAACGCGCUUGCCGCCGUAGCGCUGGAGGACUUCGUCAAGCCCUGCUUCCCCAACUUCAGCGACGAGAAAUACACAUGGAUAUCUAAAGCGCUAGCCAUGUUUUUCGGAGGCUUGAUGAUCCUAAUGGCGUACGUCGCCUCAUUUUUGGGCUCGGUGGUCCAAGCAGCGCUCAGUCUGUUCGGAAUGGUGGGAGGGCCGAUGCUCGGCAUCUUUGUUCUCGGCAUGAUGUUUCCAUGUGCCAACAAAUGGGGAGGGCUUGUAGGCCUUUUAAGCAGCCUGUUUCUCACCUUGUGGGUCGGGAUGGGUGCGAUCGUCUGGCCGAGGGCUCGGUGGAUGCCGCCGGUCUCGAUUGAAGGAUGUCCCGUAGAUUUUCCCGCUAAUGGCACCGCAAACUUCACCACCAUCUCGACCAUGUCUACAAGUAUGGCAGAGUAUAGUAUCACCACUCCAGCUGUGGACAACGGGUACCCUCCUGAAGCAGCGUUGUACGAACUGUCGUACGUCUGGUAUGGCGCUCUGGCAACGGUCACCUGUGUCGUCGUAGGGCUUCUAGUGAGUUUUGCAACAGGUACACAGGAUCCAAAGGAGAUGGACCCCAAGUUGUUCAUACCGUUCUACGAUCGGUUCUUCUGCUGCCUGCCGAACAGCUGGCUGAAGUGGCUGCGCUGUGGGGUGCCGAGUGGAGAUGAGGACAGCGAAGCGAUAGAUGUUAAGAUGUCCAACGCUGCAAGCAAUCCGACAUUUUUACCGGAUGACGAAGAGACCAAGCAGAAUGGAGAACCGACUUUUACUAAAGGCCACGGAGCAGACAUAGUGGAAAAUGUCACCAGUUUGUAGGAUUUCCUGUUACAUACUAGUGACAGUGAUUAUGGAAAUGUGACUUCAGCAAUUGGUGAAACGUACUAGGAAGUUUAUAUCACCCACCGUCCUGUUAAAUGAUGGCCGGAGUGACCCGAUGGACACUGCCCCAUUCAUACUCCGCAAAGUAAAAAGGUUUUCCGACUUCGUCCAGUGAAACGGUUUGGUUCAGUGAUUCAAUGUGGACAGUGAGCGAAAUGUUAAGAUGUCAACGUUUGACUUAUUGCUGACGAAACGUAUACUCAAGAUCACACGUCAAUAAGGUCACGAAUUUGUAACUCUCGCAAGCUUGCGUUCGGAAAUAAUUUUCCGUUAGUGAUCCUGAAGAAGGCGACAGUGGUCGUUAAAUUUUGGUUCGUUUAUACCUUUGUGUUGACAGAAAGUUAAACAUUGUAAUAUGAUUGCUACCAACAAAGGUGAGCUUCUAAAAUACCUAUGGUCGGUAUUGUAGAGCAGUGAACACUAAUCGAAAUUUGUAUUGGCGACAAUGUACAAAUAGGCAAGUUUAGGGUGUCAUAAUCUCAUCCGCGAAAAUUCCAGGUCAUAGGAACUCACCCAACACAGCAGCCCGCUAUGUCAAGUGUCCAAAAGUCCGGUUUUUAAACAUUCCGGCCAGCGGAACUUCCCGCAGCCUUCAAGUAUACCGCCAUCACGUGACCUCAAUUUAGGGACUGACCACUUCAAAUUAGGGGUCAGCGCAGGCCUAAAAAUGAACCAAAACCUUGUUUUUUUGCCUGAUCUGAACGUAUCCGAUCUGAACACUGUCUCACCAAUAAGAAACAUUUCUUACCUUUUCCUGCUAAUAGUCGAAAAUAGGCUAAAAUACUGUAUGGACUCAUUUUGGGCCUUCUGCGGCUGCGUCAAUUAAGGUCAUUGCCCUGUAUACACA